GGUGCGUGAUCUUCCCGCGGUGGGGGGUGUAGUGUUCUGUAACUUCUCACUCAGUGGAAGUUGGAAAGUGACUUUUACGCACAAGCGCCAAAACCACCGAUCGGAAGAGUUAGGAGUAAUUACUGCGCGGUGGGAUGGCAGAGGAACUCUUCAACGAUUCCUUCCCAGAUUUGAAAGAAGUGGAAACUAAGGUUGGCAGGAAAACGCCGGAAAGUCUUCUGAUUUGGAUGAGAGAUGCUGCGGACUGCGAGGAUGGUUGGAGGUCUGAUGUGGUGGACAGAGGAGACCGCAGCUCUGCCUUUGGCGAUAGCUUCUCUGACAAAAUAAGCAACUUAAAACAAGAGAUGAGAUGGCUGCGUUCUGCAGACGUGCGGAUUCUGCGCCAGUUGGUGGCCGUGCAUGAGGGUAUCGAGGCCAUGCGUUGGCUGAUGGAGGAGCGAGGGGCCUUAGCCAGCCACGGCAGCAGCCUGACAGGCAGCCUGAGCAGCCUGGCCACUGUGGAGGAGCACGGGCCCUCCAUGUCCCCCUGCAGAGAGAGUCUGAGUCCAACUCAGGAUUUGACUGAACCCUCUGGCGACGAAUCAGCAGAUCCCCCACCGCACACUGAUGACGACGAUUCAAACCUCAAGAGCUACUUUGACACGCUGAUCCCCGAGUCCACUGAAGCGAGACCUCCUAGUCCUUCCACCUCUAGCUUUGAAGUCAGUGGUGCCACACUUGGCAGGCACGGUCGGGCUUCAUCUAGUCCUGCCAGCAGUUUGGUUGGUGCCAUAUUACAAAAGUCCCCACCACCACAGGACUCACAUGGAGCUUCAUUACAAGACAUGAAAACCAGCGCUGACCCCAUCAGAAGAGCUCUCCUCAGAUCUAGCAGAGCAAGAAGAGAGGUGAAGGCAGAUAAUGGUGGUUUUUCCCUCAAUAAACAGUCAGUGGAGACAGAGCAACAGACUCAGGAGAGUUUCAGAGCCUCUCAGAACAAUACAGUGGAGGAGGAGGAGGAGGAGGAAGAGAGUGGGACCAAUAAAGAGAUGGCUUUGCUGGGUUAUGAUGCCCAGUGGUGCUGGGUGGAGUCACAGGACGAUGUGACCUUUCUAUGAUCUACUACACUGUAAAAAAAAGAUAAACAAUAGCUACUCAAUAAAAUUGAGGCAACAGAUUGCACGGAAUAUUAUUAAUUCAAUCUAACUAUUUUACAAGUUGAGUUAAUAACAAUUUAACAGGAAGUGCCUGUCAAUUAAAAACAGACUAAUUCUA